AUGGAACGCGCUACAGAUUAUACCUGGAGGGCGUAUAAGGAUCGUACCCUCUCUGAGCUUCUACAAUUUGAUCCUGAAUCCGAUACGGAUAAUAUAGGCGAGUAUGUCGAUGAGUUUGAUGACUGGCAAGAAUCUCAAGCUGCAAUUCCUGACCCGGAUGAGCCAGUUCAUAUUCUAACUCUAUUAACCUUUCAUCCAACCCACGCCGUAUCAGCUGCUGUGAUUGAGUAUAUGCCUUUACUCCCAGAGUAUCCAGAAACUCAUAAUAAAGGGUUUGCCUAUAUCUAA